UGAGCUUCUGAACAGAGAUUUGUGUGCGGGCUCAAACCCUUCUGUCCCCACCUCCCCUCAGGCUAGUCCUCUGAACCCUGUUCUUCUGGUCAUUUGCCGUCGUGGGUGUAAAGAAGGUGGAAGGGUCUCAGAGGAGCAGUUCGGACUAGGGUUCCGCUGUUCUUACUUGGAGACGCCCCUCUCCAGCCUCAGUUCCCUCCUCCCUAAACCAAGAAUACCAGGUUCAGGUUUCAGGUUCAAAGAUGACGCGGGGUAAAGCUCAGAAAAGGACAUGGCGCUUAGGGUCUCCGGCAAUAAGAGGAAGCCUUGAAGGCUCGGGUCUACACUGCUGGCGGGGACAGAGAUCCAGGAGAUUUGUCCAAGGUCACUCAGCCCAAGGCCGGGUCUGACCCCAGGUGGCCUGAUUCCCAGGACCUGGGCUUGGCCAACAGCCAGGUUGCAGCUAGCGGUGUUGGAGGAGCGGGAAGGUGGAGCCCAGGGGCUUCUGUUUUGGAACGGUUGAGGGGAGCGCGCUGUCCCCUGGGGGACUAGGCACUAACGGGGCUGCAGACACUGAGCCCUGACCCUCCCCGGGAGGGGCGGGGCGGGCGGUUACCUCAUCGCAGCCUCCGAGAGGCCCUGCUCGCUUGCUCGCCCGCGCGGCCGGCUGGGGCGGCGGCUCCCGGCGCCGGAGCGAAGAGGACAGAGCUGCGGACGGGGGCGGGUCUGCGCCGCGCCGGGUGCGCUCUCCCAGCGGGGCUGUGGGUUCGUCUGCCCGCUCGAUCCUCGGGCCUGGCCUCUUAUACUGCCCAGGUGCUGCAGGCGGCGCGACGCGGGUGUCUUCGGCAGGGCGCGCACGGCGCGGUGCCGGCUCAUGAAGCUCCCCGGCACCUGGCGCGGGGGCGCGGGCCAGCCAUGGGCGGCAGCCUGCGUGUGGCUGUUCUGGGUGCUCCGGGAGUGGGCAAGACUGCCAUCAUCCGCCAGUUCCUGUUCGGUGACUAUCCCGAGCGCCAUCGGCCCACAGAUGGUCCUCGCCUCUACCGGCCCGCCGUGCUGCUCGACGGUGCUGUCUACGACCUGAGUAUCCGCGAUGGUGACGUCGCUGGCCCUAGCUCAAGCCCCAGAAGUCUCGAGGAGUGGCCAGACCCUAAAGAAUGGAGCUUGCAGGACACAGACGCCUUUGUGCUGGUUUAUGACAUCUGCAGCCCCGACAGUUUUGAUUAUGUGAAAGCCCUGAGGCAGCGCAUAGCAGAAAACAGGCCGGCAGGCGCGCCAGAGGCUCCCAUCCUCGUGGUAGGCAACAAGCGGGACCGUCAGCGGCUGCGCUUCGGACCUCGUCGUGCACUGGCCACUCUUGUACGCAGGGGCUGGCGCUGCGGCUACCUCGAGUGCUCAGCCAAAUACAAUUGGCACGUGCUGCGUCUCUUCCGAGAGCUUCUGCGUUGUGCUCUAGUGCGCACACGUCCUGCACAUCCGGCCCUACGACUGCAGGGGGCGCUGCAUCCAGCGCGCUGCAGCCUCAUGUGACUGGAAUGGACAGGGAAAUCUCAUAAAAGC